CAAAUUUAGUUUCCCAGAAUCAAAGCAGUGUAAUGAGUUUCCUUUAUUUAGCCCAGAAAAGGAUCACAAGCUCAAAACCACCUAAGAAGGAAUUUUAUUAUGUUCGAGAAGAAUAAUUCUGAUGGAAAUUAGGGGAAGCACUGAAAAAUAAAAAAGUAUUUAAAAUCCUUGUUUGGCAUGAUUGGUAACUCAACUAAGCAUGCUAGGUAAAGUUUAGGAAUGGAUUACACAAAACGUCAAUCGUGCCAAUCAGCAACAAGCACAGAAUUUGUUAAUGCACGCAUCAUGCACAUCAGACGUAGGCCAGGUCACGUCAACACACAGAUCUGACAUCGUCGAUAUGGACAAAGGCAUGGCGAAGAUCAGUAAAUGCACUUUCUCAUGAUGUUACUAAUGUUAGAGAAGCAAAUGCGGAAUAUUUGUUGUGACCUCAGAUGACUUGACUGCUGGUUAACCACUCAAGUAGGCCCCUACUGUCUACAGAGUUGGAAGGCGCAUGCGAGUAAAAAUACUCUCCUGGUGUACAACGUAUAUCAAGAUACCUAUGUGAAUGUGGCUUCAUAUUCCAAUGGAAACCUUCCAUAUCUGAUUUUUUUUGUCACUGAAGACUAGAAAGGCAUUCCCACAGACUUUUGAUGAGUAUCUCAAUGGUCGCCCACAUGCCAAAUGCCACCAUGAGUGAUAAUCUGCCGCUGAACUUUGAGCAGGUUCUGCCGUUUCUGGUCGUGGCCGGCCUGAUCCUUCUGCUCAACCUGGUCUUCUGUUGCUACCUUCUGAGGCUGAAAAGAUCUGGAAGGGUUGACACUGGAUUUAAGACAGUGAGUUACACAAAGAAGAAGAUUGGUGCCAAAUUUGAUACAUGCUCAGUCUGUCUAGAGGAAUUUGAGGAAGGCACCAAGAUAGGUCAGUGUGCCUGCCAGCACGUCUUCCACGUUGUAUGUAUCUCUAAGUGGUUGAGAUUGCGCAAUACUUGUCCCAUAUGCAAUGCCAUCUUGAGAGCAGACGUGACGGAGCGCACAAGUUUACGUGUCAACGCCACGCCACCGCAGCCAGCAAGCAGCACACUGUAACAUGCACGGCUGACGCACAGGAGCCUGGUUGGCAGCACAUUACUUAUUUCCAACGGAAUAUGUUGACGGUAUGUGUUGUUUGAGAAACGCAGGUCCCAAAGGUCACAAAAUGUGUAAUUCACGUACGUGCCAGUGUUUGAUGGCAGGGGACUGCAAACCUGAUCAACUUGAAUCACUGACGCUUCAUCCAUUCAACACUAGAUGUCUUGAUCUCGUACCACUGAAUCAACUGAAGAUGUGAUUGCCCAGCUAAAAACAAUGGAAGAGGCCCAUGUACGUGCCUCAUCACCGGCAUGUAUUGCAGGCUGGGCUUCACGUCAUGGCCCAUGGAUUUUAAUCAAGAGGAGCAGCACUUCGUAUUUAUACAACGUACAUGUAAUUAAAGAUCUUUGGAUGCUGUCAUUCUGGUAAUGUCGUUGUAGAGGAGUCCAGCAUAAGCCCCUACAAAACCGUCACAAGUCAUUCAGUCUGAAGCAAAGCCCAAGCUAUUCAAAUGAACAGGGACAAAAGCAUUCCUUUGUUAUUAUUCGCCCUGUUCCCUGUGACUGGUUUGGUGAAAGCCUUUGUCCCUUGACUUGUGAACAGGGUUGUGAAGGGACUUGUGAUGGACUCCGCUACUGUGUCUGGUAAGGAUUUUUUUUCUCGCCAGUGCUACUCUUAUGUGCAGUCCAGAUUUCAGAAACAAAUCAAGUGCAAAUCACAAGAGGUUUUUUUUGUGUGCAGGAAUAUGUACAUUUUAAAAUUGGUUUUUCCUUGUCAUGGCUGUACUAAUGCCUAGCUUCUAUAUUGUAACAAUCAGUCAGCAUGCAAGAUGUUGAGAUGCAGACAGUUGAUGACAUCAUACGACUAAAAAAUUUGAAUAAAAUGGCAUCCAAAACUCAGAAAAUGUUUUGAGAGAAGAGCCUUGUUGAGGCGACUCUAACAUUCUGAUGAUGAACUGGUUUUUCAAAUUGGUGUUUUUCAUAUAGUCAGGUGGGUUUUCUGGUCUCUGUUUUGGGGUUUAUUUUUGACAUUUUGGGUCAUUGCAUCGUCAAAAGGAAAAAUUAGGCAGACACGACAGCAUGCAUGUUUUUUAGGGCCCACUCUGACAACUUAAAGCAGAUGGCAAAUUAACUUAAUUUACAUCAGCCGCAGUAAAAACAAAAUUCAUGGAACUGCACAUCAUCUGGGUCUAGACUUCAGUAGGCAGGUAGUAGUGGGUUCGACUCUCAUCCAUGUAAGCUUGGGAAUUGUUUUUUUCCGUUGAAGAACUCUCACAUAGCUCCGGGAAGAUAGUGUUUGCAGAAAAUUGCAUCUGUAAAGGGCAGAACACUGCAUGCUUAUGGAAUUUUGAGUUGAAUGCAGUUCGUCACCCUUUCCACAAAGUGGCAUACUGUAUGUUGCUAAUGAAGACCAAAAGUAGUUUGUCUAAACUGCAGCCAACCGUCAUUUACCAACUGACAGGUUGAGUUGCAGUUCUCAGACUACCCUCGAAGGGGAAUGAUUUGUGCUGAAUAUUCAUGAUUGCUGUCCUGCGAGAAACUGUUGAGAUUUUUUUUUCCAAGAGGUCUUACUCUUGUUUUCUAAAUUGAUGUAAAUCAAAUGUCUUCCAUUCUAAAUAUAUCUCAUGUAAAUAUUUAAUUUUUUGAUAGGUUUCAGACGAAUAUAAACAGUCACUCUUUAUGCACAUAUAUGUAAAUGUAUAUAUGGAGAAAAUUUAUUCAUUUACUAUUGAUUUUUGGAAAAUUCUACUUGUAUUGAAUUUUCCAGUAGUCUGGUAGUGUGAAGGAGUAUGAGAUUACAUAUAUAAUGGGAAAGUGUAAUUUUGGAACCUCGACUUGAGCAGAGAAGCCGACAUUUGAGAGGCAAUUAGAAUCUGUUCUGUGUCACCUAAACGGAUAUUCAUUUGCAUUCCUCCGAUGGCCUAUUGAAAUUGUCUUGUGCAUAAGUUUAGUCCUAUGUUAAAGUUGGAAUCGUAUUCACGUACACUGGAACAUGUAUGUAGUUCUGCGCAACCCAUCUUAACAGUGAUUUUUUUUCUGUUAAAGGUCCACAAGCUAUGUUUAUCCUGUUAAGUUAUAAGGUAGCGUAGUCAGAUUUUUUGUUUUGGGAUGUUUCCCACAAUUUUAGGGUGUAAAGUACACCUUCCAUAUUUGGCACAGAGAGACCUGCUGUGGCCGUAACCUGUGUCUAGGGGAUCAUUUCUUUUGUCUGAACAUUCGGGGCGAAUUUAUUGUGGAGACCAAAAAUGUGUCCACACACAUAGAAGUUUACCCUGUAAUAACUAUCAUUGAACAUGUGUGUAGUCCCGUCAACUGCGGCGCCAGAUCAUGUGUCCUUUCUACACAAGGCCAUGCUAGUUGAUCUGUUUGUAAGACGUGUACUAGGAGUGCAGCAUGAUUGAAAAUUGCCACAAACUGAAGAGACAGGUGUCCUGUUCCUAAUCAGGUUUGUGUUUGUUAGUGAGGCCUGUUGAUUUUACUUUUAUGUUAAUCCAUUGUUUUGGGAUUUGGCAUCAGCCUCGCCAUUUUUGUAUUGGCGUAUAAAAUGUCAGUUCUAUAUUGCAAUCAAUAAUGAUGUUGAAUCUGUUUGCUCGCUUUUUCUACCAUAAGACUAAUACUAAUACUGAUCUGUGUAUAACAGUGAUCUAUUUCAAACUUACCUUCAGUCAUUGGUAGAAUUGAGGAUAAAAAGUACAUGUACAUGUACAUGUACGUCGACUGCAGUUACAUGUACACGUACGUCAGCAAUGCACAAUAGCAAAAUGUUUAUGAAUGAGGCAGAUAAUAAAUUACGAAGUUACAGUUAUGCCUGCCUGCGUUUCAUGAGGGAAGAAGACAAAGAAAGUGGAAUGUAUGCUCAUGUGUGUGCAACAAUAGCAAAUGUAGAUCCAGAUAAGGGAAGCAAGCUUCUGAUUGAGUUUCUGGACCAGUGGCAGAUUCAGCAUGCACAAGGAGGGGCCUGACAUGUGCAGGAGGGUCACAAAUGGAGGUAAAAUUAACACCCAGGUAAGCCUUUCUGUAAAGAAAGUUUGAGUCUUUAAAAUUUUCAAGAAGCUGAGAACAAGUGCAAAACAGAAAAGGUCUUUAUAAAGGAAAAAAAGAGAUUGUUUUCUGUUGCACUAAUCCUAAUACUGGGAAAAUUGUACUCAACUGUGAACAGUACUUAUAUAAUUUUAAAAACUAAUGUUGGUUUUGUGCGGUCCAGAUUUUCCUUUUGCAUCACCACUAGAUACUUGAAGAGCACCUCUAAGGAAAACACGCUUUCUCUGAUUUUAUCUGUUCAGAUAAAUAUCAAUGCAUCCAAAUCGAAUGCAGUAUCACUUGUCUUCAGAUCUCAACUAUGAGUCAGAAUCUGCAUCGUGCAUUCAAUUUGGAUGCUUCCGCAUUAUUUGAACAGAUAAAAUCAGAAAAAAAUGCGUUUUCCUUUUAGGUGCUCUUUAAAAUGAGGGACAGCUAUGUCUGAAAAUGCUUGUCAAAAAGUGUUUGCUUUAAGAUUUGAAACUGUGAAACAGGUGCCCACUAGUUCAGUCACUUAAGGUUUUCUGGUGGAUGCUGAAACUGAUUAGUAGGUCAGAUAGCUUUCAUUUACGUGUCGCUGUUCUCUGGUUGAGUGUGUCUCGGUAAAAUUAAUGAUGCAACAAGGUUUUUUUUAUAUAUACUCUUGAGUCACUUGUAAAAAGAUUUGUCAAUGAAGUCGUUGAUUGUUGUGUUUUAAAGUUGGCAUAAUUUGUACAAUAUUUUUCUACUGACAUGAAUAUGGAGCAUUGGACAACUUGAUAUAGUUUACCGUAAUCUGUAGAUAUUAUGACUGAUUUAUAUUUAGCAUGGCUAAGGGGUGUACUGACACUGGAUUUAAAAACCUGCUACUUUGUAAAACGAGAACCAUGUCGUUCGGAGUCGAGGUUAUGACUAGACCUCACAAGGUCCUAAUUAAGUCUUUACAAAUCUGUCACAUCAUGAGGCAAGCUUAAUCAAGGGCCACUAGUUACUUUGUGGUUGGUUGGUGCCAUACCUGGCUCAUGUGCAGUGAAGUUGAAAAUGUGAACGGCCCUAGUCAACUGUUGUCAGGUCAUUAGGCCAAAAGGGAGAAAAGGUGACCGCAGGAAGGGUAAAACAGCAAAAAUAAAAGUGGAAAUGGUCGUCAACUAGUGACAUUUUUUUGAGCAUUUUUCUUGUGACUGGUCCUCGCUGCACUGUGCUAUUAAAAACGGUUUACGGCAACCAAUAGGCUGGUUGCAAAUAGUUGACUAGCCUAGUCCAACCAUCAUCAACUAGAAUGCGUUCGAUCAUUAGUCAAACUCUGGUUAACUAUGGUCCUUGAUCGUACUUGCCCAUGAUAAUCUAGUCUCAAGUCAAGGUAUAGCUUUGUUCAUCCCAUGCCUUGUGACCACAUUGGGGAAUUGUGACUCGUGACUAAAUAUGGGAUGACAUCGACUGCACCACCACAAGGGGGAUACGUACGUUGCACUCGUAGCAGGUGAAAUCAUUGAUGGCGUGAUGGAGCCUGAAUAUUGAUUUCUUUGCACACAUCUGUUGGUAUCAUUGGUAAGAAGUCCAUGUAACCCACCCUAAUAAAAUGAGCGUGAAGUUACCAGAGCUGCCCUUUUGGGGUAAAGGCCUUCAAAAGAAUCUUAUGCAGUGGAAAUCAAUGGAAAUUUUCAAUGGUUUUGACCCACAUAAUGCCCAUUUUCAUCAGAAUUCCAAAUUUAAUGACACAUCUUUGACACAGAACUCGGUUUGCAUUUUUUUCAUUUUUUUUUUGACAAGUACGUAGUUAAUUUCUGAAUGGUGUAUGGCUCCUAAUUUUUCUUUUACAUGAUCAAGCAAAGCAUUAUCAGUUACUGAUAAUAUGCAUGAAGUUUCAAGAAGCAUGUGCUGAGUUCAAGCAAGAUUUUGCAAUAUUUCAUAAAGUUAAGGGAAUUUUAAGCGAGUUUCUUACGGAAAAGAGUUUUGACUUCUUCAUUACAUUUCUUGUGGAAUUCGAUUUUGCCAUGAAGAUGUGGCAUUUCUUUUUCGAAUCAUAUUAAGCGACUGAUAUGUGUAUCAGUUAUCUUGACUGAGUGAAAUAUUUUGACUGGAUUUUUUUCCGAGGAGACCAGCAGGUGCCCAUUCAUGUUAAUGCUAUAUAAUAGCUGUAAUAAUUAUAAAUGCAAAUUGGAUAUUCUCACUUAAUGAUUCCUUGAAAUAAAAUACCCAAUAUUUUACUGACGACA